UUCCGUUUGUAUCGUUCAGCGUGCGUUAACUUAAGCUAGGUUAAGCAAAAGUUAUUCGUUUAUAUUUGCUUAUGUUGUGUUUCUGGACUAAUAAAGCCACAAAUAAAUACGUUUUCAUGGCUACGGAUGGAUGCUCGUAUCCGUUACGGGUUUUUACAGAGAACCUGUGACAUAUAACGCAGGCUAACAGCUAAUUUGUAGCUGAAGUAAGUUGAAGCUGCUAAGUUUAGCCUGCUACUUUCAUCACAACAGCAGCGUGUUUGAGUGUUUUGAAAAGCGCGACAGGCACCAUGGCCAGUCUGGAGCAGUGGGUGAACGACCGUCUCCACGACAUCCUCGGCUUGAGUGACAGAUACGUGUCUCAGUUCAUGAUUGGAAUUGCUCGGAAGUCGUUGAGUCCUGAGGACUUUGUGAGUCGUCUUGAGCAGACGGGCACGAUCGACAUCGACCAGAGCGUGGCUGCUUUUGCGAAGGAGCUCUUUGAAAAGAUUCCUCGUAAGGAGGUGGUAGAGAAACCGUCCCGAGCGAUAGAACGGCAAGCCAUAGAAAUGGAGAGGAAGAAUCGGACAUACACGUUACUGGAGGACAGCGACAGCGGCGAAGAGGUGGUGAAGGAGAAGCAGAAGGGGAAGAAGAAAAGCAAAGACAAGGACAGAGGAAGCAAGAGGAAGCACAUCAGACAGAAGAAAGGCAGCGAGUCUUCCAGUGAGGAUGAAGAGCCUGCAAGGAGGAACGCUGGCCAAGAGAACCAUAUGUCUGUCAUGAAAGAAGAAGAGGAGGAGGAAGAGUGGGAGAAGGAGGAGAGAGAGCGACUGCAAGACAUCGAGGAACGAGAUGCGUUCGCCCAGCGAGUGAGGGAGAAAGAUAAAGACAAGACCCGAAACAUAGCCGAGAGGACGGACAAAAAGGCUUACGAGGAAGCUCAGAAGAGACUGAAGAUGGCUGAAGAUGACCAGAAGAACAUGCUGCCGGAGUUGAGGAAGCGUUCCCGUUGGGAUUAUCUGAAGAAGAGAGAGGAGGAGAAGCUGGAGGACCUGGAAGCAGAGAUCAUAGACGACGAGUAUCUUUUCUCCACAGAAGAGCUGACUGAGAGGGAGAAGAAGGACCUGGACUAUAAACGCACCCUCAGGGACCUGGCCAAGGAGUACAAAAAGGCUGGGGCCAAGGAGCAAGAAGAGAGGAAGAACAGAUACUACAUGCCGGAAGAAAAGAGAAGGAAGGAGGUGCCCCAGAAGGACCUGGAGCUCGAAGAAACACCGAUGGAGGUGGGAGGAGAGCAGGGCCGCUGGGAGGAGGAGAGGCUGAAGACGGCCUCCCUCAGCUUCGGAGCGAAGAAGGAGCGGGAGCAGGGGAUGAGGCAGGAGCAGGAGAAGUACCAGCUGGUCCUGGAGGAGGAGGAGAUGAUCGACUUCGUCAGCACGGCCAUUACCAUGAAGGGAACUCGAUCCGAGAAGGAGCAGGAGGCGCCGGCUCUGUCUCAGGCGGAGCUGAAGAAGCAGAGCAUACAGGAGGUCCGACGCAGCCUGCCCAUCUUUCCCUACAGAGACGACCUGCUGGCCGCCAUCCACGAGCACCAGAUCCUGGUCAUCGAAGGGGAAACGGGGUCAGGGAAGACCACCCAGAUCCCACAGUACCUCUUGGAGGACGGCUACACUAACGGAGGCAUGAAGAUCGGCUGCACGCAGCCUCGCAGGGUGGCAGCCAUGUCGGUGGCGGCCAGAGUGGCGGAGGAGAUGAGCGUCAAGCUUGGCAACGAGGUGGGAUACAGCAUUCGUUUUGAGGACUGCACGUCAGAGAGAACUGUGCUGAAGUACAUGACGGAUGGCAUGUUGCUACGAGAGUUUCUCACCGAGCCCGACCUGGCCAGCUACAGUGUGAUCAUCAUAGAUGAAGCCCACGAGCGAACACUCCACACAGACAUCCUGUUUGGCCUGAUAAAAGACAUCGCCAGGUUCAGAUCGGACCUGAAGGUGUUGGUGGCGAGCGCCACUCUGGACACGGAGCGCUUCUCCAGCUUCUUUGACGACGCUCCUGUUUUCAGGAUUCCUGGCAGGAGGUUCCCUGUAGACAUUUUCUACACCAAAGCUCCGGAGGCAGACUACCUGGAAGCAUGUGUGGUAUCGGUGCUGCAGAUCCACGUCACACAGCCUCCUGGAGAUAUUCUGGUCUUCCUCACUGGACAGGAGGAGAUCGAAGCGUGCUGCGAGCUGCUCCAGGAGAGGUGCCGGCGGCUCGGAUCAAAGAUAGCCGAGCUGCUGGUCCUUCCCAUCUACGCCAACCUGCCAUCUGACAUGCAGGCAAAGAUCUUCAGUCCUACUCCUCCUGGAGCCCGGAAGGUGGUGGUGGCGACCAACAUUGCAGAGACGUCACUUACCAUAGACGGGAUCAUCUACGUCAUCGAUCCAGGCUUCUGCAAGCAGAAAAGCUACAACGCCCGGACAGGCAUGGAGUCGCUCAUUGUUACGCCCUGCUCGCGGGCUUCAGCCAACCAGAGAGCAGGUCGUGCAGGCAGAGUGGCUGCUGGGAAAUGUUUCCGGCUUUACACGGCCUGGGCCUUCAAACACGAGAUGGAGGAGACGACCGUCCCCGAGAUUCAGAGGACCAACCUGGGAAACGUUGUCCUGCUUUUGAAGAGCUUAGGCAUCAAUGACCUCAUCCACUUCGACUUCAUGGACCCCCCUCCUCAUGAGACUCUGGUGUUGGCGCUGGAGCAGCUCUACGCCCUGGGAGCACUCAACCAUCUGGGGGAGCUCACUAAGCUGGGUCGGAGGAUGGCCGAGUUACCGGUAGAUCCCAUGCUCAGCAAGAUGAUCCUGGCCUCUGAACAGUACAAGUGUUCAGAGGAAGUGUUGACCAUCGCAGCCAUGCUGUCAGUGAACAACUCCAUUUUCUACCGGCCCAAAGACAAGGUGGUGCACGCCGACAACGCCAGGAUGAACUUCGUGGUGCCGGGAGGAGACCACCUGGUGCUGCUUAACGUCUACACACAGUGGGUGGAGAGCGGCUACUCCACACAGUGGUGCUACGAGAACUUCAUCCAGUUCCGUUCUAUGAGGAGAGCGCGGGAUGUCCGGGACCAACUGGAGGGUCUGAUGGAUCGCAUUGAGGUGGAGGUGGUCAGCUGUCAGGAAGACAGCAUGCCCAUUCGCAAGGCGGUGACUGCAGGAUAUUUCUACCACACGGCACGACUGAGCAAAGGCGGCUACAAGACGGUGAAGCACCAGCAGACGGUCUACGUCCACCCCAACAGCUCUCUGUUCGAGGAGCAGCCCCGCUGGCUCAUCUACCACGAGCUGGUCUUCACCACCAAGGAGUUCAUGAGACAGGUGAUUGAGAUAGAGAGCGGCUGGCUGCUGGAGGUGGCGCCUCACUACUACAAGAGCAAAGAGCUGGAGGACAGCAGCAGCAAGAAGAUGCCCCGCAAGCAGGGCAAAACGAAGGAGGAGCUGGGCUGAAGUGGCGGCCAUCGCUCCAGGGAUACACGCCAAGAAAAACUAAAAACUCCACUCUGAGAGCAGCGCUAGAAAGGGAGGAACUGGAAGCGGCAACAGUAAAAACCUGUGAAACUACCUGGGACUGUGAUUUCUCACUUAAUCCAUCAGAUAAAUCUGGAUUAUUUCAUUUAAAAUUUGGAGAGGUUGUCCUGAACUUGCCUUCAGUAAAGAAAACAAAUAAAAAAGGUUUAAUGAUUAAACUUGCUGCAUCAGCCAGCCCGGUCACUGGGUGGGUUGGUCAGCCUGUUUAUGGACUGUCAGUGCCUUUUAAACACAAACCACAGUGUUUGUUAAUGUGGACCAGGCUGAAAGGAUAAAAUCCAAAAUGUUUCACAUGUUGAAGCUCCUGACCGUGUUCAUGGUUUUUUUUUAUGGUAAUAAAGUUUUACUACCA